ACACCGUGAGGCCGAGAUGUUUCGCCACCAGCACAAAUCACUCAACCGGAAAUCAAGGGCAAUUCGCCUCGGUGAUGAUCGUCGGCCAUGUCAAUCAACUAGACCCACAUGUAGUAUCGCUAGCAUUGGUCGUAGUAUAGUGAAAUCAUGCGGCUGCAGGGCCUCCGAAGCUAUCGUCUGGGGCCUGGCGCGAGGCACGGGAUGUGUGCACACAAUCAGCUUUGUCCAGAAAGGGACAGAUACGUGUCGUGGGAGGCUGAGCAAAGCAUAUAUAAGUGCUUGCAUCUUCCUGACACAGUUCCUGUUUUAAUCAUCAAUCAAUCAACAAGCCCUCAAUACCACAACACCACUCCAACCACUUCCAACCCACUCAAACCAAACAUCAACAUGUCUGGCUGCGGAAACUCCUCUUGCUCUUGCGGCAGCUCCUGCUCCUGCGCCUCGGGCUCCUGCUCCUGCUAAAUGUCUCUCAUGACAACUCCCUCUAAAUGAGCGACUCGGCCCUU